AUGGCGUCGCAUGUCCUGCGCGUACUUGGACCUGCCUUCUUGCUCUGUCUCGGUCUUCUGGUUUAUCUCCUAUCCGCAACAGACUUGGACACGCGCGCACAUGAGGAACACAUCCUAGACGAUGCUUUUGAUACGGCUUCUGGCUUGGGACUCGACCUCGGACUUGGUGUCGACAGAGAGAACGGCGCCUUCGUAAUGCUUGCCUCCGAGAGUCAACUCGUCGACGUGCUCCACACCGUACAGAGCUUGGAAGACAGGUUCAACGGACAGUUUCGCUAUCCUUGGGUCAUUCUUAACGACGUCGAGCUGUCUACGGACUUUCACCACAAGGUCCGCACUGUCACCCGCGCGCACGUUCACUUCGGUGUUAUACCGGCCGAGCAUUGGGAUCCCCCAGAAUGGGUGGACCAAGAGAAGGCAGCUGAGGCUCGUAAGAUCAUGGAGUUUGGACAUGUAAGCGACGGAGCAUCUCCUCGCUCACAGAAUGCGUACCGCUUCUUUGCUGGUUUCCUGCACCAGCAUUCUCUGUUGGAGCCGUACAAGUACGCAUGGAUCGUCGACCCAGGUUCGGAAUACAUGUGCAGCCCAUAUCGCGACCCGUUCAAGACCAUGGAACUGGGAGGCAAGACGCUAGGCUUUGUCAUCUCAAGUAAGGAUCCAGACGCGAAGUUCGCUACCACUCUAUGGCAACAUGUAUCAGACUAUAUCACGGCCUAUCCUGAUCUACUGGCGAAGGACAAUAUAAUCGACUUUGUGGCGCCGGUCAGGGGAAAGACGAAGCAGCGCGAAUACAACCAUUGUUCAUACCGCUCCUCACCCUCAAUCAUUGACCUAUUCUUCUUCCGCUCACCCACCUACGAAGCCUUCUUCGCCCACCUCGACCACACAGGAGGGUUCUACUACGAGCACUGGCCCUCCUCAUCCAUCCACACGCUCGCCCUCUCCCUCUUCGCCUCCAAGGACGCGACACACUGGUUCGAGGGCAUGGGAUACAAAAGCUCGCUGGGUCCCAUGGGAAGACAGUACUGUCCGAGGGACGACUACGAGUGGGAGGCGGGGAAGUGUAGUUGUAUGCCUAAUGGGAUGCAGGAGUCGAAUAGCUGUAUGCCGCUUUGGGUGAGGGCGGCGAGGGGUUGGUGA